UGAAAUGCGAACUCGCUACCUCAACAUCGACUACUUCACCGUCACUCCAAUCCAAGCCCUAGAAACCCUAACCUUCCUUCACCUCCCAAUCCCUCACCUCGCUCACUCUCAUCUCUCAACCUUCAAUGGCCUCCAUUUCCUCCACUUCGACUCGGUCCUCGAAUUUUCGCUCCAAAUCGAACAGUUACCGAUCGAAACCGCUCUGUCCAAGUUCUUCUCCGACGUUCUUCCUCAGAGUAUCGAUCUCGAUGCUCCAGACUUUGAGAUUGCCCCUUCGUCUCCAACUUCUAGAAGUUUCGGAUCCGGAAGCCAUGGGCUACAGUUUUCAGAGAAAGCCGAGGUCCUCAAAAGGGAGAAGGAAUUAGAGAAUCAGCUCACUUUUGCUUCCGGUCCUCUGGAGAUUGAAAUUCGGAAAGUAUGACAAUGGCAUUUUCAGAUUUCACAGCUGUAAUCAUGUUUGUUCUGGUCUGAACAGUCAAACUUAUGUUACUGUAGAAGGAUAAUGGCAGAACAGAUGAAGAGAAAGAUGCAAUCAAGUAUAACGUACUCCAAUUUGAAACACAAGAGCUGGAUGUAUUCUUGGUAAAAUGAAUGUCUAUCUGGUAAUGUACAAUUUGGUUCCACAUCCACAUGAGAAUUACUAUGUUUACAUAAUAUUUUUGUCUGUUAUGUGCAGGAAAAUGCUUACAUUUAUGAGAAAGAGGAGAUCCAGAUUAUUUCAGAAGUUCAAGAGACUCAAAUUAACCUAGUAAAUGUCUCUUGAAAAUUCAUGAUUCAGUUAUAAGUUGCUAUUGUACUAAGCUUCAGUCUUUCCAAUCAGUUGAUGCAGGAUAAAUAGCACUGGCACUUCCCAACCUGAGUGACUUGUCUGUCUUAUGUGUGAUUAAAUUUUUAAUGGUGAAACAUAAUAUUUGCCAGUU